AAGGAGCCAGCAGUAUCUGGCUGCAGAGCUGGAGUAGAGGGGACUAGUGGUAAAAGGAUUUGAUGGAGAGGGGGGCGAAAGGGGUUCAGAGCAGGGACGGCUCCUAGACGGAGGGCGGCUCGGAGGUCCCGGCCGGCUCUCCGCACAUCGGGUGCUGUGCUGGUCCCACACCCUCCCGGAUACGCAUUAGGGUUUAUUAGUCAGUUGUGAGGUUCAUAGAGUCCGCCGUCAGCCCUCUGAAUCCGCAGAUUGAGCACUUGACAGUGUUGGGACGCAGGGGAUUGGUAUGUUGUGUUCAGGAUGCCAAGAGAACCUGUCUUUUGAUUCGGGGUUCAUCACUUAGAGGUUCAUUUUAGGAUUUAGGUUCAGCAUAUUUAUCGGGUUUGGAUUUAUCAAAUGCAGAUAAAGGUUUAGGUAGCAGCCGCUGUCAUGCUUAAAGCUGUGAUCCUGAUCGGAGGCCCUCAAAAGGGGACCCGCUUCAGGCCUUUGUCCUUUGAGGUGCCCAAACCCCUGUUUCCAGUGGCAGGGGUCCCUAUGAUCCAGCACCACAUUGAGGCCUGUGCCCAGGUCCCUGGGAUGCAGGAGAUUCUGCUCAUUGGCUUCUACCAACCUGAUGAGCCGCUUACCCGGUUCCUAGAAGCUGCCCAGCAGGAGUUUAACCUUCCAGUCAGGUACCUGCAGGAAUUUGCCCCUCUGGGCACAGGAGGUGGUCUCUACCAUUUCCGGGACCAGAUCCUGGCCGGGGGCCCUGAGGCCUUCUUCGUGCUCAACGCCGACGUUUGCUCCGACUUCCCCUUGAACGCCAUGUUGGCUGCCCACAGACAGCAGCCUCACCCUUUCUUGCUCCUGGGGACCACGGCUAACAGGACACAAUCCCUCAGCUAUGGCUGCAUUGUAGAGAACCCACAGACACACGAGGUCCUGCACUACGUGGAGAAGCCCAGCACCUUCGUCAGCGACAUCAUCAACUGCGGCGUCUACCUCUUUUCCCCGGAGGCCCUGAAGCCCCUUCGGGACGUCUUCCAGCGUCACCAGCAGGACGGGCAACUCUGCCUUCCUCUUGGGGAGGACUCUUCAGGCCUGUGGCGGGGGGCGGGCACCAUCCGCCUGGAGCAGGACGUGUUCUCCGCCCUGGCCGGGCGGGGCCAGAUCUACGUGCACCUCAACGACGGCAUCUGGAGUCAGAUCAAGUCUGCGGGCUCAGCUCUCUACGCCUCCCGCCUCUACCUGGGCCAGUACCAGCUCACUCACCCAGAACGCCUGGCCAAGCACACCCCCGGGGGGCCACGGAUCCGAGGAAACGUGUACAUCCACCCCACGGCUAAGGUGGCCCCCACGGCUGUGCUGGGCCCCAAUGUCUCCAUCGGGGAGGGCGUGACGGUAGGCGAGGGUGUGCGGCUCCGAGAGAGCAUUGUCCUCCACGGAGCCACGCUGCAGGAGCACACAUGUGUUCUGCACAGCAUCGUGGGCUGGGGCAGCACCGUGGGGCGCUGGGCCCGCGUGGAAGGCACCCCCAACGACCCCAAUCCCAAUGACCCCCGAGCCCACAUGGACAGUGAGAGCCUCUUCAAGGACGGGAAGCUGCUGCCGGCCAUCACCAUCCUGGGCUGCCGCGUCCGGAUCCCGGCUGAGGUGCUCAUCCUGAACUCGAUUGUUCUGCCGCACAAGGAGCUGAGCCGAAGCUUCACCAACCAGAUCAUCCUCUGAAGGGGGCUGCCAGAGCCCCCCGCCCCACUCUUACCCCUCCAACCUCUGUCCAGAAAGGACCUGGGGGAGCCAGGCAGAAUCGCCACAGGCCGGGAGCAACGUGGGUGGGCCGAGAACUGCUGGCCCCCCUCUCCGCUCCCUAAUAAACCCCAGGAACCUUGGAGCCAG